AUGAAUACAUUUAAUUAUUUUGGUUAUGCUAGUAAUUUAAAAGAAAGUUUAUUAGAAGAGAGAAUUGGUAAUGAUCAUCCUAUUAGUGUGAAUAUUGGUCGAUUAAAUGAUUAUCAAUUUCGUUUUAAUCAUAAACAAAUCGAUGGAUAUGGAAGAGCUAAUAUUGUACCAAUGAAAGGUUCAUAUGUAAAUGGACUUGUUUAUGUUAUAAAUGAAAAACAUAAAGAUUAUUUAUUAAAAACUGAACCUGGUUAUAAAAUAAUUGAAGUUAAUAUUGAACUUGAUUGUGAUCAUAGUAUUAUACAAGCAAUGACAUUUAUUGAUGAAACAAAUAUACAACAAGAUUUUCUUCCAUCAAAUGAAUAUCUUCAAACAAUUAUUAAUGGUGCGAAAGAUCAUCAUUUUUCUAAAGACUAUAUUGAUUAUAUUAUUUCUAUUGCAAAUAAUGAACAGGGGCGGCGGAGCGUCAUUAAUCUAAGUGAGGCUCACAAUAUUUUUUUCUACUGUGGACUUUUAUUAAAAUAUGAAGCAAAAUAUGAGUCUUCUUUUUAUUAG